AAAGAACCUGAGCUUUCUACCCCUCCCCCUUGGGGCGUGGAACGAAAACCCGGGCCACGGGCCCAUGAAAACCCUAGCUCGGAUUUUGCAGCUCGACGCGAUAAGCCUUGUACAGAUUCAGUAGCUCGCAAGCCAUAACGCAUGUAGCCGGAACACCGCUGCACUGCUGCUGACAUACCGUCCGAACGGGUUCAUUCCAUUUGGCGCCGAACCGCUGAGCUUACUUACUACUACAGGCAACUCGCAUUUUAGCACGCUAAUUGUAUCAAGUACCAUGUUGCAGCUCAGCAGCGGCCAGCACCAGGUGGUGCCUGCAGCAGCAGCCCGACACUGCCGCGGCAUCCUUCCGUCGCCUCGGUCGUGCGCGCGCCCUGCACUGCGCCGCUGCGUCGUCGUACGCGCAAGCGCCGCUGCUGCCGCCGAGCCGCCACCACCUGAGCAGCAGCCCAACAACGCGGCGGCGCGGCCCGCCGCGGCUGCUGCCACUGAUGAGGCCCCUGCUGCCCCUGAUGCCACUGCUACUGCUCGCGCCACCCCCGCCACUACCGCCGCGCUGCCUCACCAGGCGCGUCAGCUUCUGGACACGGCCCGCGGCGCUGAGUCGGCACUGCUGGCCCUGGCGGCCUCGGGUGAGCAGGCCGCGGCCCAACUGAAAGAUCUGCGGGCAGGUCAGCUGUCACUAGGCAGCGAUGUGGAUGGCGUGAAGGAGAAGCUAGGCGAGGUCCAACAGGAGCUGGAGGCUGUGAAGCAGGAGUUGGCGGCAAUGCGGCAGGCGGCGGCGGAGGAGGCGCGCUUCACGCGGCUGCAGCGCGCGCGGGUGCUGGUGUGUGGCGGCGGCGCCGGCGAGGACGAGCCGCAUAAUUACCUGGCGGACCAGAUUCUGGCGGGCUUGAUCUGCGGCGCCACCGAGUUCAGUUUGGGAGAUGGGUGCAUCAACAGCAGCCUCCACACGCCCGGCGAGCAGUGCGACCUGUUCGCCUCCUACAUGCACAGCCUGACGGGCUGGCGGUUCCGGGUGGAGCAGCGGCGCUGGGGGGGCCGCUUCUGGCUGCUACUGGCUGAGGAGGACAAGUAAGAAGGAGCGGCAGUAGAUGGCCGCAGUAGCAGUGGCAGUAGCCGCAUGCAGUAGCCGUGCCAAGCAAGCUGUAGCCGGAAGAGGCAGUAGCAGCCAGAGCAGAGACGGUUAGUUAGGGAGGCAGGCGUACGUGGCAUAGGCGGCGACGCGGAAAGCAGGCUCUUACUAAGUUCUGCAGUCGGGUGCGUUGUGCGUUAGCGGUUGCAUUUCACAUUGCUUGCACGCACCAAUGAGUUGCACAUUUGAAGUGCGAGAUGUCAGGCGCCAAGGAGCCCUGUGCGUCAAGGACUGCUGUGGCGGAAUUGCGGAAGGCCAACCUAUGGCAGGCAAAACAUCGCCAGUUGCUUGCUUGGUGAUUGCAUAACACGUGGGCUGCUGCUGGCAGCUGCGCGCGCUGCGUGCAUGUAACAAGUAAGGUAG